AUGCACCUCAUCCUCACAGGGGCAACAGGCCUCGUCGGCUCCGGCGCCCUGGACGCCAUGAUAAAAGACACCCGCAUCGCCAAGAUAUCCAUCAUCAGCCGUCGUCCGGUCCCCAUGGCCGACGACGCCAGAGAUCCACGCAUCAACGUCAUCAUCCAUAAGAACUUCGAGCAGUAUGACUCCUCCAUAUUGGAGCAGCUCAAAGAUGCCAAUAGCUGCGUCUGGGCUCUGGGCAUCAGCCAGUCGAAGGUCACAAAGGAUGAAUACAUUACAAUCACCAAGAACUACGCCCUCGCGGCCGCACGCGCAUUCUCCUCGCUUUCAACCUCGCAAGGCCAGCCUUUUCGCUUCGUCUACGUGUCUGGUGAGGGAGCAACACCAGAAGCGGGCCAUUUCACACCGACCUUUGCGAGGAUAAAGGGCGAAACCGAAGUUGCACUCGCAGAGAUGAGCAACGAGCUUCGCACCAUGCGAGUCUACUCAGUCCGGCUCGGUGGCGUAGAUGCUUCCCGACAUGAUGCGAUCAAGAAGUAUAUCCCAGACCCGGCCGCGGUGUAUAGGGCUGUGGGGAGUAUUUUGUACACUGUGAUGAGAACGCUCAUGCCGUUGGGUUUGGCGCCUACAGACGUUGCUGGUGAUUGUUUUGUAAGAAUGGCAAUGGAAAAACUGGACGAUAGGCUGGAAGGGCCAGGUGCUGUCAAGAAUAACCUGUCGUGGAUUCUAAACAACAAGGCCAUGAGAAGGGUAGCGGGUAGGUGA